GGUCUGCACAGCUGAUUACUGUUUUCUUUUGAGCAACUUUACUUUUUGUAGUAAAAAUACAUCAAAAAUAUUUCAUAUGGUGCUGAUUUCGCGAGGCAUUAAAUCUAUGCAAAAUAUUUUACGAUUGGGUUCCCUGAAUGUUACAAGGAAGAUGUCAUCAGCACUAGGAGUAGUGGAAGGUACAAUUCGAAGCAAGCUGCAGUCGGCUUUAGAAGCGAAACAUCUGGAUGUUAUAAACGAGUCGUACAUGCAUAAUGUGCCUAAAGGCGCGGAGACGCACUUCAAAGUUGUAGUCGUAUCUGAUAAAUUCGACGGCUUGCCAUUGAUCAAGCGACACAGACUAGUGAAUGACCUUCUCAAAGAAGAACUGCAUACCGGAGUCCAUGCUUUAUCCAUCAUAGCCAAGACACCAACGCAAUGGGACGAAAGUGACAAAGUGGUGGAGAGCAGUCCUAACUGCAGAGGCGGUUUUGGGAAAUAAUAGGUUACUUAAUUUUAGAAUUAUUAAUAAAUAAUAAUAAUAUGUAUGUACUAGAACAGUAAAUUGUUUAUUUUAUGGAA